AUGAUGGAUAUGAGGGAAGCAACCAAUUCGACUCCCUUUCAGGAUGACCUUUCCGUGGGCGACGUGUUUACCCCCCAGGCGGACAUGUCGCAGAGUCAGCCUCGCGACCUCCAACUGCCCAGCAACCCACGUACCGGCUUCCACAUGGCCAAUCGCAGUCCCCAACGCGCCCCGAACCCGGCAGUCGGAGGGAUUCGUGAGGGUGUUGCCUCUCCGGUCCCCAAGAUGAAUGCUGUCCCGCUGUCUGGGAAGACCGAGCGACGCCGGAAGAAGAAGAAGCACGCGGAUGGAGUUGCUCCGGCGGUUUCCACCGUGCGCGGGUUCAACCCCAUCGGUUCGGGCGACGAAGACUCGGACAUGUCGGCCGCCAGUUCGCGGGCACCUAGCGCGCGACCGCAUGCGCGCGUGGGAACCAGCGGGAACAGCCCGCCGGCGCAACCGGUUCCCGGCUGCAGCGUUAGCGCAUUGAAGCUCCAGCUCGAUUCGAUGAGCCUGUCCGCAGAUAGUCCGGCGCGCGGCGCCACGAACGGCAGACGCUCGGAGACCCCCAGCAAUGUCAGCGUCUGCUCGGAUAGCGACCAGACGGAGAUUCUGACCAGCUAUGAGGUCCCCUUGGAGCAUGACUAUGUGAGCUCGGACGCCGUCGCGGAGAGUGUUCAAAAUACCUCCAGUGUCUGCGACAUGCGCACCCAGCUGUGCCGCAAGAUGACCACCGAUGACUUCGAGCCGUUGCUCUGCCUGGGGAAGGGCUCGUUUGGCACGGUUCUCCUGGUGCGCCAUGUGCUCACGGGGAAGCUCUACGCGCAGAAGCAGUUCCGCAAGGCGUCGCUGACGGUGCACAAGAAGCUGGUGGAGCAGACCAAGACGGAGCGCACGAUCCUCGAGAGCGUCAGCCGCCACCCCUUUGUCGUGAAGCUGUUCUACGCAUUCCAGGACCACGAGAAGCUGUACCUCAUCCUGGAGUACGCCGAGGGCGGCGAGCUGUUCACCCACCUGGCCAUGGAGCGCAUGUUCGACGAAGACGCGGCCGCCUUCUACAUGGCCGAGAUGGUCCUCGCCCUGGAGCACCUGCACCAAACCGUCGGGGUGAUCUACCGCGACCUCAAGCCCGAGAACUGCCUCCUGGACCGCGAAGGCCACCUCCUGCUAACCGACUUCGGCCUGUCCAAGAUCGCCGUCAACGACGACGACCGCUGCAACUCCUCCCUAGGCACUUUCGAGUACAUGGCGCCCGAAGUCAUCCAAGGCAAGCCCUACGGCAAAGCCUGCGACUGGUGGUCCCUCGGCGCACUAGGCUACGACCUGCUCACAGGGGCGCCCCCCUUCACAGCCAACAACAACACCAAGCUGCAAGAAAAGAUCCUCAAACAGAAGCUCCCCCUACCCUACUUCCUCGGCCCCGACGCCAAAGACCUCCUCAUCCGGCUCCUCCGCAAGGAACCCUCCAAACGGCUAGGCUACCACAUGCCCAAAGACCUCCAAACCAUCAAGAAACACCGCUUCUUCCGCAAAAUCGACUGGAAGGCCCUCGAGCGCCGCGAGCUCACCCCGCCUAUCAAUCCCGUCGUCACGGACCCAGCCCUCGCAGAGAACUUCUCCGACGACUUCACCCACAUGCCGCUGAGCCCGGUCAUGACCAGCAACGGCUUCGACGACUUCUGUCGCCAGCGGGGCAGUCACGGCGGGGAGGGCGACCCGUUCGGCGGGUUUAGCUUUGUUGCGUCGAGCAGUUUGCUGGACCAUGGACAUGGGAUGUUGACUGCUGGGCAUUGA